AAGCAGCCGGCAGCCGCACGCUGCCUGCGGGGAGCUGCCUUUGACUCCUUCUUUCUAUUUCCUAUCUUUGCAUUGCCCCUAAGGACCGGGGCGCACGGGAGCGGGACCGCGCUCCGAGGAGCCGGGAUCAACCUGGGGCCGCCGCCCCGACGGGACCGAUGGGCGCACCCCCCAUCCCUCCCCGCACCGCCCCCGGCCCCGCCCGCCCCGCGGGCCGGGCUCCGCGGGAGCCGCCGCUCGGCCGGAGCGGGGCUGGCGGCGGCGGGACGUGGGCUCUCUCAUGCCUUGCCUCACUCUUCCCCCCUGCUAAAACCUCCUUCCCAAGGAUGGCAGCCGCCUCAUUCCGCUAUGGCAUGACCAUCACCGGGGCCGUGCUGCUGGUGACGGGGACGCUGUGCUUCGCCUGGUGGAGCGAUGGGGAGGUGGGAUCAUCAGCCAGCACCGGGGCUCACCUCCUGCCUCCCCGGGAGGCCGAGGCCGUGCCCAGCUCCUCCUCCAAUGCCCUGCUCCGCUCCAUCAGCUUCUUCUGCUGCGGCAUCGGUGGCAUCCUGCUCCUCUUCGGGCUCCUCUGGUCCGUGAAAGCCAACGCCAGGGUGGUGUCCCGGCGCUACCAGUACCAUUUCCCCAGGGACCUGCAGUACUUCACUGCGGAGCCUCCGGAGAAGUGGAACUGCAGCUCUUGGGACGCCAGCACCAUCCCCACCUACGAAGAAGCGCUGACCUGCAGACCUGCCCACGACAUCCCAGCCUACAUCCACGCCCCGGGGAGGAAGGAGGAGCUCACUCCGCCCCUGUACCACUACCUGGAGGAGGACGAGGGCUGGCAGUGUGGCCGCAGGCGCAGCUCCUCCGACAGCGCCUUGUUCCGCCCCAGCCCAUCCUGGCUGGAGACCCAGCACCCGGGGGAGCCGCAGGCAACGCCUCCCCCCAGCUAUGAAAAUAUCAGCAUCCGGGGGGUCUGAGCUGGAGGCUUAAACCCAGCCCCUUCUUUUGCUUGUGGGUGAGGAGGGGAAAGGGUCUGUCUGGCUUCCCAGGCUGUUGGGAUUGCGGGUCCUGUGGGAAUGCGUUCGGAGCGUCGGGUUAACGGGCAUGUUUGAAAGCCUUGGUGUUUUUAAUAAAACCACUGCUGGUUGCA